AUCAUAUCUAAAGAUUCGUUCAAUUCUAAAGCAGAGUGCCAUUAUCGAUCUGUAAGAGCUUCAGAAGCUUAAUUUAUUUACUAUUCUCCAAUCUGCCCGAUAAAGGUGCUCUCUUUCUCUCUCUCUCUAUAUAUAUAUAUAUGAUGUAUCUUCAUGUGUACAUCUUCCCAGACGAUCGCCCAUGAAUCUUUCCGUUAAAUUAACACCAGAAACAAGUAAUCGAUGACAUUUUAUUCAGCUGCAUUAUCUCCUCCUGGCGUUUCCUUCACCUUGCACCAAAAAACCCCUUUAAAUCCCCUCCAUAAUCUCGACUUGAGCAGCUGGAGAAAUCACAUCCCCAUUGACGCUAGAGAUCUCAGGAAUCAAAACCAUCUUAGGGUUUCAGCUGAACCCAGACCAACCAAUGCUGCUCCUUCUAAUGAUUCAAAGGACACCCAUUUGCUUCAAUUAUUCAACAGGUCAUGUAGAACAGGAAAGUGCAACGAUUCACUUUACUUUCUCCAACGUAUGGUCAGUAAAGGAUUCCGUCCAGAUGUGAUUACAUGCACGAAACUAAUCAAAUGUUUUAUCAAUUCAAAUGAUGUCGAUAGGGCUGUAAGGGUCAUGGAGAUUCUUGAAUCUCACGGCGAACCUGAUGUAUUUGCUUACAAUGCUCUGAUUAGCGGAUUUUGUAAGGCUAAUCAGAUAGAAGCGGCUGAUAGAGUAUUGGAUCAUAUGAGAACUAGAGGGUUUUCUCCAGAUACUGUAACCUAUAACAUAUUGAUAGGCAGUCUUUGCAGUAGAGGUAAACUUGGACUUGCAUUCAAGGUGUUCGACAAAUUGCUUCAAGAUGAUUGUGAACCUACUGUCAUUACCUACACUAUUUUAAUCGAAGCAACUAUUCUCGAAGGCGGGAUUCGUGAAGCUCUACAGCUUUUAGAAGAGAUGCUUUCGAGAGGGCUUCAACCUGACAUGUAUACAUACAAUGCGAUUAUUAGAGGAUUAUGCAGGGAAGGAAUGUUGGGUCGAGCUUUCGAUUUUGUUAGGAGUUUACCAGAUAAGGGUCGCCAACCUGAUGUUAUUUCGUAUAAUAUGUUGCUUAGGGCUUUAUUGAAUAGAGGGAAAUGGAAAGACAGUGAAGGGUUGAUAAAAGAGAUGUACUCUAAUGGGUGCGAACCUAAUGAGGUUACUUUCGGCGUUUUGAUUGGUUCGCUUUGCCGCGAAAACAAAGUUGAUGAAGCGUUGAAUUUUUUGAAGGUGAUGCUUGAAAAGGGUUUGAGACCUGAUACUUAUACGUUUGAUCCUUUGAUUUCUGCUUUUUGCGGUAAAGGUAAGCUGGAUUUAGCUUUAGAGUGUUUCGAGUUCAUGAUCUUGUGUGGUCAAAAACCGGAUAUAGUCAACUACAACAUGAUCCUGUCUGCUUUUUGCAAAAGUGGAAAUAUCGAUCAAGGGAUUGUAAUCUUCGAGAAACUUAGCGAAUUGGGUUGUCUCGAAGUUAGCUCUUACAAUACGAUGUUGAGUGUACUGUGGCAUAAGGGAGAGCAGUUGAUGGCGUUAUGGGUAAUAUCAGAAAUGAGUAGAAAAUGUGUGGAUCCAGAUGAGAUCACGUAUAAUUCUCUGAUAUCGUGUUUGUGUAGAGACGGGAUGGUGGAUGAAGCGAUCGAGUUGUUGGGAGACAUGGAACGAAAUGGGUUCACGCCUACUACGAUUAGUUAUAAUAUUGUGCUUUUGGGGUUGUGCAAGGCUAGGAGAAUUGAUACGGCUAUUGAUAUAUUGGAAGAAAUGGUUGAAGGCGGUUGUAACCCUAACGAGACUAGUUAUGUUUUGUUGGUGGAAGGGAUUGGUUUCGCGGGGUGGAGAGCAGAGGCGAUGGAAUUGGCUAAUGUUUUACAUGGAAGAAACGCGAUUUCAAAGGAUUCGAUUAGACGGUUGAGCAAAACUUUCCCCAUGCUUCAUUUAUAUAAGCAAGCUGCUCGCCCAAACGGUUUAAAGGAUAGGUCUUUAACCAGGUCAAAGAACCGAUGAUGAUCAUUGUAUUUUCAUUUUUUUCUAGGUUUAAAUCUUCUCAUGUAAAACUUCAAUCAAUUCUAUUGGGACACUCACAGGAAAAUGACAAAUUUAUCCUUAUUAAUACUGAAAAACAUUGAGCCAGAAA